CCAAACCAGCCCAGCCUUUGAACUUCACCGCUUUUGGCUCUCAUUCACGCGCUUCCCCUCAUUUCCAAACCAGGUGCUGUUGCAAGGCGGGAAAUCUCUAAGAAAAAAACACAACACUUUAUGACUCUUCGACCGCGGAACUUUUGCUUUCACCUCGGUGGAUUUUCAUGCGUGUUGCUGUUUUCCACCUUUAUAGGCAACCACGGUUUUUGAAAAAGAAAGUGUACAUAGGCUGGACUUAGCGAACGAUUUCUUAACUCCGGAGAAAUUGGACAUUGUGGAUUUUUAUUGAUGCUGUUUUCCGACUUCGUCUCAAGCAUUCGAGAACUGGCAUGAUCUGUGUCUGCCAGCAAGACAGGUGAAUAUUUUUUUUCCUCGGUUGAUUUUUAGAACUUUUUCCACGUUACUUUUAAUUGGGGAUAAAAGGCACACUCUUUAAAACAUGUCAAAGCCUGUAGAUCAUAUCAAGAGGCCAAUGAAUGCGUUCAUGGUCUGGUCCCGCGGCCAGAGGAGGAAAAUGGCACAAGAGAAUCCCAAAAUGCAUAACUCAGAAAUCAGCAAAAGACUUGGCGCGGAGUGGAAGCUGCUCUCUGAAUCCGAAAAGCGUCCUUACAUCGACGAAGCGAAGAGGCUGCGAGCACAGCACAUGAAAGAACACCCAGACUAUAAAUACAGACCCAGGCGCAAACCCAAGAAUCUACUGAAGAAGGACAGGUAUGUGUUCCCUUUGCCUUACCUUGGGGACACGGAUCACUUGAAAGGACUCUCAGCCUCGGACUCUCUGUUGAGCGCAUCAGAGAAAGUCAGGGCAUUCAUGCCCCCGACCUCGGUACCUUACUCGUUCCUCGACCCGAGCCAGUUCACCUCCAGCGCUAUCCAGAAGAUGACAGAGAUGCCGCACACCAUGACCACCAGCAGUUUGGGUUACGGCUCGUUGGGAUACCAGAACGGCGCGUUCGGCAGUUUGGGUUGCCCCAGCCAGCACACCCACACCCACCCGUCGCCCACAAACCCGGGGUACGUGGUUCCCUGUAACUGUACCGCCUGGUCGGCGUCGAGUUUACAGCCCCCGGUUGCCUACAUACUUUUUCCAGGUAUGACCAAGAGUGGGAUAGACCCAUAUUCAUCAACACAUGCCACUGCUAUGUAACGCGCCAGACAGACUGACUGACUUUCUGUUUAAACAAGUAACAGCAAUGCAUGUAUAGGUUAUAUGGACAGAACAGUUCGCCCCCCCCAAAAAAAGAGAAAUGACAAGUAUAAAGGCCCGUGGACUUAAGAGCAAAACGGGCGAAAACUUUUCACGAGAUCUGAACAAGACGUUGAGUUCCUGACCUCCUCAUGGAACUGGGACGGAACUAUGUACGGCAGGUGCCCUGUGAACUGUAAGAAUUAUUGUAAAUGUUAUAACGUUUAUUAAUGGCUACCGGAAAAGGAGGCCUUUAACUUUAUUUAUUAUGUACAUCUUGAUGCUAUGAUAAUUUUGUUUCUAAUUAUUAUUGAUAUGAUUAUGAUAAUCUUAUUUUCCAAAUUUGGCUUGCACAAAUUUACGAUAGCCUUCUUGUUUCCUGUAUAAUGUGUUGCAUUUUGGCACUCUGAAUUUCAGCUGGUAUGAUAGGGUCAAAAUUAAGGACCUCUGAGUUAAUAAAUAUACGGGUUAUAUUGUUUCUAUGGACCGAACUGGCACAUAACUAGACAGUCUAUUUAAAAUAACAAAUGAAAAGUCCUUAUAAUUUAAUAAUGUUUCAUUUUUUUUUUUUUAUCCUGUGGUUCAGUGCUAAUAGUCACACGUCAUUUUUUUGUUUUUUUUUGUUGGUUUUGAGGAAUAACUUCUUAUUUGAAGUUAUAAGCAGUUAAUGUUGUAUUUUUUAAUGUAAAACCUGUCAUGUUAUGGUAAGGAAAAUGUAUCUUGAAGGGUGAUACCUCGGUUCUUUGUUCAUCUGCCGAGCUAAGACUUUUUGAAUAAAGGACAAUCUGUCUUAGAAAAUAUUAAAUUCCUGUAUGGUUA